AUGACAGCUCGAGAUAUGAGCCUCAAGUCGGUAAUACGAUACGUCUUGACGUUCCAUGAUGAAUAUCGGGCCGCCAGAGACCAAGACUAUGAGGGCGCCGUAACUGGCGUCUGGGACCUCCUCCUCAACUAUUACUUUAAUCAAAGUAAUGGUUUUGUCCAUAGAACACAGGACAAAGUCGAAGGGGGCUAUGUUGAUAUGAGUAGCUACCAGUGGGUAGUUCGGCCAAAUCAACCUAGGCGUGUGAGGACACCAUUCCUUGUGACGCAGUGCAAGCGCACUGCAAGAGAGGAUGACGAGGCCACCUGGACGGAGGGCUUUGAGCAGCUGCGAAGAUAUAUGAGACACAUGGUGGCUCAGCACCCAUGGCGUCAUCCCCAAUACGGCAUUAUCGCCGUCGGCAGAUCUGUCGAAUUCUACAAGUGGGACACGGCCAAAUCUGCCCCAGUGCUCUACGCCGGCAGGUAUGACCUAUUGGGCCAUUCUGCCGUCGUUCAUGAGCGCCUCAUGGAGAUCAGGGAGGAGCGCCUCACUGGGCGGUAG